AUGGCGAUUCCCCUCGUGCUCGUCCUGCUCCCGCUCGGCCUCCUCUUCCUCCUCUCCGGCCUCGUCGUCAACACUGUCCAGGCCGUAUUGUUCUUGACGAUAAGGCCAUUCUCGAAGCGAUUGUACCGGCAGAUCAACGUAUUCCUGGCCGAGUUGUUAUGGCUUCAGCUGAUCUGGCUUGUGGACUGGUGGGCAGGUAUUAAGGUACAGGUGUAUGCGGAUCCAGCAACUUGGAAACUAAUGGAUUCUUUAGGCAAAGAGCACGCCCUUCUAAUAUCCAAUCAUCGAAGUGACAUUGAUUGGCUGGUUGGAUGGAUUUUAGCACAGCGUUCAGGAUGUCUUGGAAGCGCAAUAGCUAUAAUGAAGAAAUCCUCAAAGUUCCUUCCAGUUAUUGGUUGGUCCAUGUGGUUUGCAGAGUACCUCUUUUUGGAGAGAAGCUGGGCAAAGGAUGAAAAAACACUUAAAUCGGGUCUUCAAAGGUUGAAAGACUUCCCCAGAUCAUUUUGGCUUGCCCUUUUUGUUGAGGGUACAAGAUUUACUCCAGCAAAACUUUUAGCAGCUCAAGAAUAUGCAGUCUCACAGGGUUUGACAGCACCUAGGAAUGUGCUGAUUCCACGAACAAAGGGAUUUGUAUCAGCUGUAAGUAUUAUGCGUGACUUUGUCCCAGCUAUCUACGAUACAACAGUGAUUAUUCCGGAAGAUUCGCCUAAACCAACAAUACUGCGUAUUCUUCAGGGACAAUCAUCAGUUGUUCAUGUCCGCAUAAAACGCCAUUCAAUGGGUGAUAUGCCUAACUCGGAUGAGGAUGUUUCAAAAUGGUGCAAAGAUAUAUUUGUAGCAAAGGACGCGUUAUUGGACAAACAUAUAGCAACUGGUACUUUUGAUGAGGAAAUUAUACCAAUUGGUCGUCCAGUGAAAUCUUUGAUGGUGGUCCUGUCUUGGUCAUGUUUCCUCCUAUAUGGUGCUCAUAGAUUCUUACAGUGGACCCAGCUCUUGUCAACAUGGAAAGGAGUGAUCCUCUUUGCUUCUGGAUUGGCAAUGGUGACUGCCGUUAUGCAUGUAUUCAUCAUGUUCUCGCAGGCCGAGCGCUCAAGCUCCGCUAAAGCAGCAAGGGACCGAGUGAAGAAGGAUUGA